UAAACCCGAAAAGGGAAGAAAGCAAGCAAGCAUCGAAUUUUCUAUUCCUCUUUUCUCUUUUGAUUUUUCAUUUUUCUCGGAAAAUUUUGGAAUGGAGGGAGGCGGGUCGGAGCAGCAGCAGCAGGGGACAGUGACGUGCGGGUCGUGGAUCCGACGACCCGAGAACAUGAAUUGGGUGGUGUUCGGGAAGUCUAGGGGUAAAGAAGACUCCAGUUCAGUUCUGACCAUCUUCUCCUUCGACCCCAAGACCACUUGUCUCUCUUCCUCUCCUCUGGCCACUUAUGUGUUUGAAGCGGUGGACGGUGAUCCUGUUUCGAUUGCGGUGCACCCCAGCGGGGACGACGUCGUUUGCUCCACCUCCAAUGGUGGCUGCAAAUUGUUUGAGUUAUAUGGGCCAGAAUCAAAUGCCAAGCUGUUGGCAAGAGAAUCAGCUCCUUUGCAAGGAAUUGGUCCACAGAAGUGUCUAGCUUUUAGUGUCGAUGGAUCUAAGUUGGCUACCGGCGGUUUGGAUGGGCAUAUGAGAAUUCUGGAGUGGCCAAGCCUGUCCAUAAUUUUAGAUGAACCUAAGGCGCAUAAUUCUGUCCGUGAUAUGGAUUUCAGUUUAGACUCAGAGUUCUUAGCUUCGACAUCUACUGAUGGCUCAGCAAGAAUAUGGAAGACGGAAGAUGGUGUUCCUGUGACUACUUUGACUCGCGACUCAGAUGAAAAGAUUGAACUCUGUUGCUUUUCUAAGGAUGGGACAAAACCCUUUCUAUUUUGCACAGUUCAAAAAGGUGCAAAAGCUUUAACUUCAGUCUGGGACAUAAGUACAUGGAAGAAAAUUGGACAUAAAAGGCUUCUUAAAAAGUCUGCUGCUGUUAUGUCUGUCAGCAAGGAUGGAAAAUAUCUUGCUCUGGGAAGCAAAGAUGGAGAUAUAUGUGUGGUUGAAGUUAAGAAAAUGGAGAUUUGCCACUGGAGUAAGAGGCUACACCUGGGAACUUGCAUUGCCACUCUAGACUUCUGUCCCACUGAAAGGGUUGUGCUCACCACCUCUAGUGAAUGGGGAGCUGUGGUGACCAAGUUAAAUGUUCCUGCAGAUUGGAAAGAAUGGCAGAUCUAUUUGUUGCUUUUAGGGCUGUUUUUGGCGUCCGCCGUUGCAUUUUAUAUCUUCUUUGAGAAGUCUGAUAAUUUUUGGAACUUCCCUCUUGGAAAAAAUCAACCAGCAAGACCUGAAUUCGGGGCAUUUAUAAAAGAUUCACAGCCUUCUGACGAUAGAAACAUUUGGGGUCCUGUAGACAUGUGAAAAUUUUAAUCAUCCUGUGUCUACCAACAAUGCAAUGUAACAUCAGCAACUGGAUGCAAACUAACCUCUUUGUGGCACAUUGUUUGUUAUUUGUAGUAUUCAGGGAGAUGCAGAGAAACAUAUUUAUUUCGGAAGUAGUGAGUUUGUGUCAUGUCUAAACUUCUUCGUUUAAUUAUGAAGCCAUUCUUGAUUAUGGAUAAGCGACUUUUUUGGCUUA